UUCAGUUUCACAUUUCACUUUCCCUGCUCUCUGCCUAUAAAUAUAGAAGCACAGCUGUUUACUAGGAGGUGAGAAGUCUUUCUGCUGCUCCUACAGAGAAAAGAAGGUUUUUGCUGCGCAGGAAGAGGCAGAGAAGCAUUUCACAGCACAGAGUGAAUCACCACUUCCUACAGACUGCUGCUUUCAGAGAUUAUGUCCAGCUACGAAAUUAUACGCAAAGGGAGAAAGCAAUUAAUUGAUAUACUUCAGAAGAACAUAGACUGUGUUUUAGAUGAGUUACGCUCAGAGAUUGUCAUCACAAAAGAAGAAUAUGAGGGCCUGGAGAAAUAUGAAGACUCAAAGAAAAAAAGUAGAGAAUUGCUUAUUCUGAUACAAGCAAAAGGAGAAGCCGCCUGUUGCCAGUUCCUGGAAUGCUUAGAAGUCGCAUGUCCUGGUUCAAAUCAUGCCCUGCAUGUUCAAAAACACGAUGAGACUCAAAAUCCGCUCCAGAGUUUUGGCCACUCAGUGCUGAUGUCAGAAUCCCAUCCAGAUGAGACUCAAAAUCCGCUCCAGAUUUCUGGCCACUCGGUGAAUUAUAUUUACUUCUACAUUCAACCAACUUUAAACAAUCAUGCCCUGCAUGUUCAAAAACACGAUGAGACUCAAAAUCCGCUCCAGAGUUUUGGCCACUCAGUGCUGAUGUCAGAAUCCCAUCCAGAUGAGACUCAAAAUCCGCUCCAGAUUUCUGGCCACUCGGUGAAUUAUAUUUACUUCUACACUCAACCACCUUUAAACAAACAUGCCCUGCAAGUUCAAAAAAAUGAUGAGACUCAAAAUCCGCUCCAGAGUUUUGGCCACUCAGUGCUGAUGUCAGAAUCCCAUCCAGAUGAGACUCAAAAUCCGCUCCAGAUUUCUGGCCACUCGGUGAAUUAUAUUUACUUCUACACUCAACCACCUUUAAACAAACAUGCCCUGCAAGUUCAAAAAAAUGAGUGUUUGCCUCCAGAGGAGAAGCCUGAAAGCCCAAGAGUAUUGGGAGAGACAGAAGAAGCAGUCCCCGAAGAACGCAUCAUCAGAGAUCUACAGCCUCUCCUGGACAAUGACAGCUCCCUUUCUCAAGCUCUGGGAGGAAGACCUUUCAUUGCCUACAGACAGCCACCCAAUCUUAAUCAACUCCUCACCCACAACAAUACAACCACCAGACUUAACAUGGACACUGGUACCAGAGCCUGCAAUGAACCCAGAUGCCAAAUUUGCUGCCACAUACACCCAGACAACAUCAUUACUGGCCCCAACAACAUCCAACAUACCAUCUCAGGACUAUUUAAUUGCUCAUCUUCUAACAUUGUGUAUGCCAUCAAAUGCCAACAGUGCCCUUCAGCUCUCUAUAUUGGACAAACAGGCCAAACCCUACGCCAAAGGAUAAAUAGACAUAAAUCUGACAUCAGGAACCACAAGAAAUCAGUACGAGAACACUUCAAUCUCCCAGGACAUUCUAUACAAGAUCUCAAAGCAGCUGUUUUAUUACAGGAAAAUUUCAGGAACAGACAGGAAAGAGAAGAUGCUGAAUUCAAACUCAUUACCAAGCUUAAAACCAUGGAGCCCCCUGGGAUGAAUUAAGACAUUGGAUUCUUAUCUCAUUAUGCAUGAACAAGCUUUCUUUAGCGCCUCAGCCCUUGCUUUUGUGGGAUGCAAAGGGUUAAGUGCAGUCAAGUCACAACAAUCCCUAGAGAGUCCACUUGGAGGACUAGCUUGGUUUCCUGUUCCUCCACAUGCAAAUGAGUUGGGGAAGUGGCAGAUAAAUUCACUAGUGAGAAGCCAUUUCCUCCUCUUGGAUCAGACUCUAUUGGACUUCAAGGACUCAUAUUGUGUAUUUUUGAAGGAUUGAUUUGGAUUGUGAUUUUGAACUCUGUAGGAUUUUUCCAGUUAAGAUUUCCUGGUUGAGCACAUGGUCUCUUUGUUCUGCAGUGUGCUUGGGGGAUUAACUACCCCUCCCUUCCCUCAGAGUUUACAGUACUGAGAAAGCUCAGAGGUAGUGAAGAUAUUUUUGAGAUUUUGAUUUUUGAAAGAUCUUGAAUUUUGGGAAUUUUGGGAAUUUUUGAAGUUUUAAGAUGGCAAGCUCCAGUUUUGGUAGUGAGGCAAGACCAAGUUUUAUGCUGCUGGAUGACAAUAAUUUUGUGCAGUGGAAGCAGCACAUUUUAGUUUAUCUUGCUGCUGGGCGUGUUCUGCAGGCCAUUAAGGAAGAAAAGUCUACAGGAACCGAUGAAGAAGCUUUAGCCAAGAUAGAAGCUUGGAGUAUUAAAAAUGAUGAAGCCAAGCACAUAAUUUUGAGCAACUUGAGGAAUGAGCAUCUAUCGAUGAUAAAUUUUGAAAAUGAUGCAUCUAAGAUCCUAGAGGACAUUGAACGCAUUUAUGCACAAUCUACAGAGAGUUCCUAUAGAUAUUUGUUGGAUAAGUUACUCAAGUUGAAGAUGAAUUCUAGAGAAGAGUUUACAGAGCAUUUUAAGAAUUUUUCUGAGAUUGUUCAAAGAAUUGCCCUUACUCCCAGAGCCUUUGAUGAUGUGACUAAAGUAACGUUUAUGCUUGCAUCAUUGGGACCGGAAUUUGCUCCAUUUAAAAGUAUAAUGGAUCACACAAAAGAUCUAACUUUUAAUGAGCUCAUCAGGGUGGAUAAAAAUCAAUGAUUUUUUUUAAAAAAAUCAAAAAAUCGGAUUUUUUUGAUUUAAAUCGGAUUUUUUUUGAUUUAAAUCGAUUUUUUUAAUUUAAAUUGAUUUUUUUUAAAUAAAAUGCUUAUUGAGGAAAAUAUAUUACCAUCCAAAGGUUAUUCCAUCAUGAAAUUAAGAUUAGUUUUUUUAAUUAUGUAGAAUAAGGUUGUAUAUGUUUAAUUUUUUGGUUAAAUAAAUUCCAUUAAUCCAUUCACAAUGUCAUGCUCUUCCAGAGGUUUUUGUAAGAUUAUUGGGCAGUUUCUCUGCCUACAAGAUAUUAUCACAGGUGCUUGGUUUACUUUUGCAGUUCUCAAAACUGAAUUUGACUCAACAGAGAUCACAUGCCUCUUCUUCACAGCAAAAAUGUUAUAACAUGAACAGAGUUGAGAAAAAGACCUUAAUCCUAUUGUUCUACAAACCUAUGAAUACAGAAACAAUCCCUUCAGUGCUAAGUUUCAAGAAGUUCAGUGAAUAGAAUAGAAACAAUAUUUUUCUGAUUGUUUGGAGUGGACAGUAUUUAAGUUUUUCAUUUGUAGGCUGGGCUGACAGUCUAAGUUUCUUAAAAUAUAUACAUUUUGUUUUUGUUUAGCCAAAUUAGUUAACAAACAUGGAUGUUUGUUUAAGCAAAUAACAUAUGCUGUAAUGUUAUUGUUUUGGUUGAAUAAAUUUAUUUAAAUUGUUAUUAUUAAGGUAAUGAUUAUUUUUCUCCUUCCUAAGUACAACAGUAAAGUUGUCCAAAUAUGAAUGAGUAACCUAAUAUGAAAAGUUGUUAUUCUAAAAAUCUUCAUCUACUUGCAUAUUAAAGUUAUACCAGCAAGAAUUAGUCUUUAUGUAGAAAACUAUGAUUUAAAUCAAGCCUUACUGACUAGUGAUUUAAAUCGUGAUUUAAAUCAUGAUUUAAAUCAGUUUGAUUUAAAUCAAAUCCACCCUGGAGCUCAUCAACCAUUUAAGAGAGGAAUGCAGAGAUAGCCUUGAUUCUCAAGAAAGGAAUCCAAGGAGGAAGGAUAGCAGCUAUGCAUCCAAGCAUUUUGGAAAGUCCAGAGAGACGUCUAGAGCAGGGGUCCCCAGACUUACUGGGCUUUGGGCCGGUGCCCGCCGCGCCGACUGCGUGGUGGGCCGGAGGGCAGGGGAGUGCGCGCACAGCGGACCGGAGGGUGGGGGAGUGCGCACCCGUGCGCAUGCGCACACACACUUACUGGCGCACUGGCGCGCUUCCCGGUCGGAAAAAAUCGUCGAAAAUCACUUGUGCGCAUGCGUAUGGGCCUCCCCCGACCCGGAAGUGCACCGGAAAUGACCUCUUCUGGGU